AUGAGUUUCUUCUCCCAGUUCAGUUUGCCAGGCGUAAAACCCAUCGCUCAGGAAAAGUACGUUGUCAAGACCGUCCGAGCUCCCAAACCGCCGUCCGACCGCUCUAGCCCCGCCAACGGAAUCAAGAAGUCUCGGGAAUAUAGUAAAACUGGAAGGGCAACUCUGGAGGUUCCGGAUUCCCGACCCCGAAGCAGGGCUUCCUCCGCCGUUUCUCUCAAGAGAAAACAUGUGGAUGGGGAGAAGUCGAUCAAGAGAACUUGCUCGUCGUCGGAUCUGUUGAAGCCGCCAAGUCCGGAAUCUACGACCUCGCCGAGGGGCAGAAGGGCUGUGUCGUCAUCGAGGUCGCCGUUGUCUCAGCGCUUGGAGUCGAGUGAUGAUGAUAACGAUAGGGAGGAGGAGGAGGGGAUUAGUGAUGGGGAGAGGGGGAGGAGAGCUGUUAAACGGACGAAAUCCGAGGAAGACGGUGUGGUUGGUAACGGGAGGAAGCUGGUGAACCCGGCCAGCUUUCGCAGAGCUUCGCCCACUCGGAAACCCGAGGAGGGUCGUUUCGUCCAUGCGAAGGUGAUUGCAAAUAUGGAAAUGAAGGAAGGAGGGAAGGGUCCAUCGCGGAGUAUGAGUUCGAAACCACUGCGUUUUCUCAAUUUGUCACUGAUGGUGGGAUUUAGUUUUCCGAAAGACUGACCAGAAACUAUUAUCGGUCAAGCUUCAAUACCCGGGAGUGACAGAUCUAGAGAGGUAUAAUAAGCUCAGAUCCAUAUGGUAUAAAUCUGAGGCUGACUGCUUUUAGCUACGAGCUUGUUCGCCUGGCAGAACCUGACGAGUUUUCACCCGAUCUAGAUAUCCUUAGCACAGCAGAGCAUGUGGCAACCUACCUGCUGACACCUCCGGAAUCUGACGAACUACUCACGGGCACUCUGUCGAGUAACACUGGCGGGAUAGUUUACAACAUGCGUAAGGCAAUCCGUAGCGAGAAAGCCCAGGACUUUCUCGAAAACCUUAACAAAUACAAUAACCUGAUAGCAAAAUACCGCCGGGACGGCACUAUAAAGGCCAACAUCGCAAGGAUGAAAUCUCUCCCGUUCCCCCUUGUGGAGCAUAUUCUGUCACAAGCAUAUGCUCGGACUGUCGCGCCCGAAGUUGAGUCGCUAAAAGACUACGAAGCUUUCACCAGCAAUGUUUACGGCGAACUUCUGCCCAACUUCACCACCAAGCUGUUUAGGGAAUCGGGUCUAGGGCCUGGCAAGGUGUUUGUCGACCUUGGUAGUGGGACGGGGAAUGUUGUGCUACACGCAGCGCUCGAGACGGGAUGCGAAGCAUACGGGUGCGAAAUCAUGAAGAAUGCGACGAGACUGGCGGAUAAGCAAAAGGUUGAAUUUGCGGCACGGUGUCGCAUGUGGGGGAUUAACCCAGGAAAGUUCAGGCUGGAGAAGGGUGAUUUUUUGGAAAGCGCACGAAUAGCUGAGGCACUCAAGAGAGCGGACGUAGUGCUAGUGAACAACUACGUGUUUGACUCUGAGCUCAACCAGCGGCUCUUGAACCUCUUCCUGGACCUCAAGGAGGGCGCUCAAAUCCUGUCGUUGAAGCCGUUCGUUCCAACAAACCACGUUAUCACGACGCGCAAUGCGGAAAACCCGGUCAGCCGGUUGAGGGUGGAGGAGAAGGAGUACUUUUCGGGCUCGGUCAGUUGGACGGAUACCGGGGGAAAGUAUUACGUCCAGACGGUGGACGGGAGCAUGCUUCGGGAGUUUCUAGCUUCCGAUCGCUCUGAUCGCAGAAGGCGA